AUAUCUUAAUUUGUGUUCUGAAGAUGAACGAAGGUCUUACGGGUGUGGAACGACAUGAGGCAACCUACUCCAUGACAGAAUGCAGGACCACUGUAAAGACUCAACAAUAAAGAUGGCUGAGGAUCAUCUCCUCUCCCUCCAACAGAAUGGACGUCCUCUGGAGCAGUAUGCGGAUGAGUUUUUGGAAUAUUCCCAUCUGGUGAGAUGGAGCAAUACUAUGCCCAAUGCUUGCUUUUGAGACUGGAUGAUGAGAUAAUUCAGUUCCUGUCUCCUGGUCAUUGUUAUUUAUCCUUAAUCAAUACCAUUAAUUAUGUCCUCUGGCUAAAUGGUUCCAAUUUCUUGGUUGAUGAAGUUAAAGAGGACAAUAACCACCCUCAUCCAGUCCCAUCCUAAAAGCGUAUGGGCGCUCCACUCUCACCCCUCCACAUCCCUGAACAUUGGGACAGUCACAUCUGUUCCAGAGUCCACUCCAACCACAGAGUCCGCUCAAAUCUCAGCACUCAGUUUAACCCCAGCGCAAAGGAGGAGGCUGAGGAAGAAGAGACGAUCCAUUGCAUUGCCAACCCAUGAGUUAGCCCCCGAGUUCACUCCAGUGUCGGCUCCAGCCCCCGAGUCCGCUCCAGUGUCGGCUCCAGCCCCCGAGUUCACUCCAGUGUCGGCUCCAGCCCCCAAGUCCGCUCCAGUGUCGGCUCCAGCUCCAGUGUCGGCUCCAGCCCCUGAGUCUGCUCCAGUGUCAGCUCCAGAACCCAUUCCAGCUCAGCCCAAUGUCCACUCCAGCCCCAGAGCUAAGCCAGAGAAGGCAGUGCUAACCAUCAUGGCUAUUUUGUUUGUGUGGGAUGCACACAGACUGGACAGAAAAUUUCCCCUCCCAAGAAAAUUUUCCACCUGCUCUCCAUGACACGGCCACGGAGGCCAUUCCAGAGCCAUCCGCUCUCCCUGACAUGGCCAUGGAGGCCAUCCCAGAGCCGUCCGCUCUCCCAGACACAGCCACGGAGGCCGCCCCUAAAACGCCCAUCACUGCACUGCCGGCAGGCUUCCUGAGCUACCGGCACCUCCCUGGCUUCCUGUUUGCCGGUAUCACCCAGGUUUCCAGUCCUGCCUAAGUCACCCUGGCCUUCUGAGGGGGUGGCCAGGGGGUGCCCACCCUCCCUCCCCAGUUGGACUUAUGCUGCCUUCACGUGCUCUCGGAAUUAUUGUAAAUAUGAGUAUCCUAGGUAAAAAUUGCACAUGAACGCCCUCCCAUUGCGAAACUUGAAUGCGAUGAGCUCGUAAUCACGACUACAAGUGUGAAUUAUCAAAUUUAUGAUAGCAUGUGAAGGCAGCAUUUUUGCGGCGUGAAUACGCGCCUUCCAGGAGGGGGGUGUACUGUCACGUGUUUGUUCUGUUUUGUUCAGUUUUCCUGGUCUGUUCAAUUUUGUCAUUUGCUUCUAGUUUGUUAAUUGGUUCUGUUCUCUCAGUUUCCCUACCUGUUUGUCUCCAUGGUUACAUAUUGAUUAGAGUCCUCAAUUCAGGUGUUUCUAGUUAGUUUCUCUCUUUGUUUGGUCUGUGUAUAUAAGUCCUCAAUUUCAGUUUGUUUCUUGUGAUAUGUGGUUGUAUGUUCUCCUAGAUUAUCUCCUGUUUAGUAUUGGAUUAAUAUUGUCCUUGAGUAUCUCCUAUGUGUGCUUUAUUACAGCCACCUACUCCAUGACAACAGUAUGAUAUACCUGUACUUCAUUUUUUAUGUGCCUGAGGCAAAUAACUUCUUGUAUAAAGGUUUGUGAGACAGUUAAGAACAGCAUCUUCUUCAAUGGUUAUAACAUUCUUUUCUACUGAGAGGAUGUGUAAAUUGUUCAAACAUGUCUGGCCCAUACUGUUGCUUAGCCAUGUGUGGAGGCGCCUCAAAUCUGGACUAGUCACAUGAGCAGAGGGGAAUUGUUUUGUUUAGUUUUUAUUCGCUUUGUCUUUUUCAUUUAUUUAGUUUCCUUCAAUUAAAUUGCUGCAGUGAACAUAUAAACAUAAUAAAGUUUUUUUUUUUUCCUUUUUUUUUUUUUUUCUGGAGCUUUAAAAAUACAGAAAAUAAGAUCUGGGGCUGUAGAAGAAACAUUUGGAGCUGUAGCCCAAAAUCCAGGACCUAGUCACACCCCUGCUAGUCCCAUUGCAAAAAACACAAACUAAUUACAAUAGAGACAAGUCUACAGGAAAUGUUUUAUGCAUUUUGAGCUAUAACAUUAAACACAACUCAAGCCAAGUAUAUUUGUAGAACGCUAUAGCUUCUCUUUAGCUUAUCAUAACAAAAUUAAUUCAGUUGCAAGUGACAUUGCUGUACUAGUUUGUACAAGAAAAUCUGCAAAGCCCAUUGUGUUAAUAACUGUAUGAUAACCAUUAAA